AUGAUCAUAAGAUUGCAUUUUUACUACCUCCUCACUUUAGUUUACCAUUUAGGACUUGUAGGUGCGUAUGAAAAAGCAGCAAGAAAGAGAAUUCAACCUCCCGAUUUGAUACCUGGUCCUCCGGGACAUAAACUUGGUGAUGAAAGACCACCGCAUUACGACCACCGGCCACCUUAUAAAAAACACAUCGACAACAUUCCAGCUUACAAUCUGACUGAUUUGAUAGAUGAUAAACUACUAAAUAAAUAUGAAAACUCAUGCACGGUAAAUGUAUUGACAGGUGGCUUCAUCUCUCUAGCAAGUAAUUCGUGGCACUUACGUGCUUAUAAUUACACUUUAAAUUACCCAUCCUUUUUGAUCCGAUGCGAUAAUGGCAGUGCAAAUCCUAAUUUCUCUCAUGUCUUACAAGACUUUGUUUAUGACAUCAACAACAAAUUCAACGUUCAAGAUGACAGUAGUAAAUACAUCGGAAAAGACCCAUUUCCCUUAGGAAUGAUAAUGAUCACCUUUGCUUCUGGGUGUAUCUGUGUGGCAACAUGGAUGCUAUUUUUGGUUGUCUUAUUACUGCCAUCCGAUAAUCAUAAUAGAAGAAAUAAAGUUGUACAUGUUUACGUCCUUUUCUCUGCGAUUAUAAGAACUGUAUUUCUAAACGAGACUAUAGCCGUCAUAUUUGACAGCCAAUAUCACGAUGACUACCAGGAUGCGAGCCAAUUUGAAUCGUUCAUCGUAGAAACUGCACCAUAUAAAAUAUGUGAAUUAGUUGCAAAUAUUUUGAGUGAUAUAAACUGGAUUUAUAUUGUUCACUACUUACAGUCCAAUUAUGGAAAACCAACUUGGAAUUGGAUCCCAUUUAAAAUGAAAAAGGGGACACAUAUCAUAAUUACCGUGGGUUGCUUCCUCUCACUAGCCGAUAACAUUUUAUUCGCAAACCUUCUUUGGAGAAAGAACCUUGUAGUUUUGAAGGUAUUUUACAAGCUAAUCGAAUUACUGAUUUACACAAUUUUCAUCUCCAUUAUUUGUUACUUCACAUGGCAUAAUUUUGCUUACAUACUUUUACCGAAAACUGCUGAAAUUAAUACGGACGGUAAGUGUAAAACGAAAUUGAGAAUUCUUUGGGAAAAUUAUCACGAAACUAUACCAUUAUUGGCGUAUAAUAUUCUUAUAUUUAUUUUAUUCUAUUUCACCACAAUUUUUUUCGCUGCUUUCACCAAACAUGUUAGAGGUUGGACAUUUAACUUUGUUCAUCUUUUGAAAGUUUUAAUAACAGUGAACGUUUGGGGCUUAAUUGGAGUAUUGGAAAAGAGGGAGCUGCACAUAAGCAAAAAAACAGUCCUUGGACGAAAAAUUAACAAUAGGGACAAAUUUUUCGCCAAUCCAACAGUCAAUUAUUACGGAGAAGAUUUAGGCAAGCAUUUAAGCGCCAUAACGUUAAACAGGGAUUUAAACACUACUAAAAGUAACACUACUUCCCACGAUUCAUCAAGUUUAGUAGGAUCCCCUUCACCCACCUGGAAAUCUCCAAUCGAAAGAAUAAGGGACAGAAGAAGAAGACAUAAGAUAAUGAAAAGUGAGAAUAAAUUUGGGCAAAAUCCCAGUUUUGGAAGUAAAUCGAAUGGCAAACCUAAUACUAAAACGACAUUAUCCAAAUAUCGACAGCUAUUAAGGAAGCCUAGGCGAAAAACCAAUUCAUAUGAACCAAAAAAUGGCAUUGGACAGAAUAAAGAAGGCUCAACUGUUAGACCAGGAGCCGACAAACAUAUUAGAGAUUCCAAUUAUCUAGCUACAGACAUCAGUGACAACGAAAGUAUGGAAACCGAACUUCGAACCAACCACAUUUAUAAUUACGAAAAUAGUGAUUAA